AAGUCAAAGUUCCUCCAAGUGCCGUUCGGGGCUGCCAUGUUGGAUAUGUUCAGCUGCGGCAAAGAGAUGCCCGAUGCGGGCCGCGGGACGCUGAACAUCCUGGAGGAGUUGCUGCAGCAGAGCCAGCAGAGCCAAGAGCUCGCUGAGCUGCAGAGAGACACGGCGCUGAGGCAGCAAGAGCUGGGCCAAGCUCUCAGAGCCUCCAUCGCGGCCCAGAAGGAGCCCUUUGAGGAGAUGGAUGAGAUCCAUGUCGUUUCCGCUGACGCGGAGCAUGAUCCUGUCAGCAUUGAGCCAUGCAAGUCCACUGAACCCAUGGCUUCGAAGGAAGCCAGUUGGCUCCGUUCAUUGACUUGGGGAGAGGAAGACGUGGAGCAGGAGGUGCUCACCCUGGAUAUUGUGGGUCUUCGCGCCGGGUCAAUGUCUAGAGCCUCGCAUGCCCAGAGCAUGCGAUCCCAAGCGAAACUGUUUUCAGGUGCUGCCCAGUGGACUCUGAACCGAGCUGCAACCCUUCUGCAUGCGAUUGAGUCUAUCAAGGAGCCGGUCCGAACCGGAUGGCUGGCCGAGCUCAUGCGAAGCAGUAGCUUUAACCUGCUGUCGCUGCUGGUAAUUGUGGCCAACGCAGCCUACAUCACAGUGAUGACGGACUAUGAACUAUUGCAUGCGGGGCAACAAGUUGGGCAAGAACUGGGCAUCGAGUUUGCUUUCUCAGCCUUUUACCUCUUGGAGCUGAUUGCAAAGCUCACGGUGCACCGCUUGUAUUACUUUUGGACUCAGGAAUGGCUUUGGAACGUAUUUGAUUUUGUGCUUGUGGUGCUCGUUCUUGUGGAGAAUGGUGUGACUGCUUUGUCAGCAGCAGAAGUGACUGGGUCCUACAACAUCAUGUUCCUGCGCGUUCUCCGCCUAUUCAAGCUAGCGAGGGUGUUCAGGAUCUUCCGCACACUCCGAUUCUUUACGGAGCUGCGCUUGAUGAUGGAGUGCGUUGCUGGAUCCCUCAUGAACGCGAUUUGGUGCGUCGUGUUGCUCUUCUUCACGAAGUACAUCUUUGCGCUUCUGAUUGCUCAAUCGCUGGUAGGACACUGGAUCGAGGUCGCGGGGACGGAGAAUGCCGCCGGGUCUCCGGCUUCAGCCGAGCUCUUGAGGCUAUAUCCGUCCGUGUCGCAGAUCAUGGUGACGUUACUGCAGUCUACCACAUCCGGUCUGGACUGGCAGGAGCCGUUCGGUGCCCUAAAGCCAACCGGCUUUGCACUCCCUGCGCUCUUCGUGGCCUUCAUUUUGGUCUUCACCGUGAGUAUUUGGAACAUCGUCACCAGCGUCUUCGUGGAAAAGGCUCUGAAACUGGCCACGCCGGAUCUGGAUGCCCUGGUCCUGGAGCAGAACUACCAGGAGAAGAAGCUUUGUGAGGAACUCAUCACUUUCUUUUCCUCGCGCUCUGAAGAUGACUGCAUCAGCCCCAAGGCUUUUCGAAGUAUGGCGGAAGAUGCCUCCUUCCGCGGCUAUUUGACAGCCAAUGGAAUCGACAUCAAAAACAUUCAGAUCUUUUUCAGCAUGCUGGCUUCAGCAAUGGAAGAUGGCGAGGAUGUUGACAUUCAUCUCCUGGCGAACGCCUGUGUCCGAAUGCGGGGCUUUGCAACCAGCAUCGACCUUCAGUCUCUGAGUUUUGAGACCAAGAUCAUGCACCGAAAGCAGGUGGACAUGGUCAAGGUGCUUGCAAAGCACUUGAAGCGAGUGGAGGGUAUGCUGAAGCAGAUGAUGCUCGAACCAGAAAGAGGCCUAGGGCCGUUGGACGUCUGAUGGUGAUGCAACUGCAGCUGGCAGCCAGCGCGCCAGUGCUUUGGGCGGCGAGGAUAUUCUAGUCUCACUUCAUAGCUCACUGCCAAGCAGUGCAAGCUUUGGCGUGUGGAAGU